AUGAAGAGUAAACAUUAUGAGAAGGUCGACAACUUUGUUGAAAGGUUUUCUCCUUUUGUUUUGAAGUACGAAUUCACUCAAGGUCAAAGUGGCUUAGUAACCACAUUAAAACCUAUUGUCGAACAUUGGUCUUACCCUCAGUUCGCAAAAGCAGUCCUUGACGAGUACAACAAAUUCUUCUCCGAAGUAAAAUCCAAAGUCAAGGUUUACUAUGAGAACAUUGACGCACUCAUGACGAACGAAGAAGGGUACAACAAACUCAUUGAAAUGGGUAUGGUCGGUGAAAAGAUGGGUCGAUUCAAAUUGGACAAAAUUUUCACCGAAGUUCAUGUCCUCUCCAAGCGUAAGUACUGGGGCAUACUUGAAGACGGCACAGAAAUAAAACAUUGCAUGAAGUAA